AUGGCCAUGGCACAAAACUCAACAGUACCCGUAAAUGUGGGGGUGGUUCUUGACAUAAAUACCACGGUUGGCACUAUAUGGCUGAGCUGUAUCUCAAUGGCCCUCUCUGACUUCUAUGCCUCCCAUGGUUCCUAUAAGACUCGGCUGGUUCUGAACACCAGAGACUCCAAGAGAGAUGUUGUAGGUGCAGCUGCAGCAGAUGAGUUUGAAUUUUCUGUCUAA